CCGCUCCUCCAUGGCUGCUGCAGGCAACUGCCGACAGCAGGCACGCGUCUUUUAUUUGAAUGUGGGGCGCUUCUAUCCUAGCGGUAGCAGGGGUCGCAGUGGCCGUGUUACUGAUACUGGCUGUACGAUUGUGGAAGGUGCUUCAUUCCUGGGCCUUUGAGUCGCGUGUGUCUGUCAGGCUCCUGGUGGUGGCCGGAUCCGGUGGACAUACCACUGAGAUUCUGAGGCUGCUCGAGAAGUUGUCUGAUGGUUACUCUCCUAGACAUUACAUCAUUGCUGACACUGAUGAAUUGAGUGUCAAAAAAAUUAAAUCUUUUGAACAAAGUAGAGAUAGAGAUCCCAGUACCCAGUUUUCCAAAUACUUCAUUCACCGCAUUCCGAGAAGCCGUGAGGUUAAGCAGCCCUGGAUGUCCACUGUGCUCACCACCUUGUACUCCACGUGGCUGUCUUUCCCCCUGAUUUGCCGAGUGAAGCCAGAUUUGGUGCUGUGUAACGGACCAGGAACAUGUGUUCCUAUCUGUAUAUCUGCUCUUCUCCUUGGGAUACUUGGAAUAAAGAAAGUGAUCAUUGUCUAUGUCGAAAGCAUCUGCCGAGUAGAAAAUUUAUCCCUGUCUGGAAAGAUUCUGUUUCACCUCUCCGAUUUCUUCAUUGUUCAGUGGCCAGCACUUAAAGAAAAAUAUCCCAAAUCUGUGUACCUUGGGAGAAUUGUCUGACAAUGACAACUGCAGUCAACAAUACUGUAAUGGGCAGGGAGAAAAGAAUAUAUGUUUAUUGUAUAAAGGCUUUUGAAAGUCCUGAGAAUUUCUGGUAAUCAAGAAUAAAAAACAAGGCUACUCAUAAAACAGACA